CAGAGAUUUCCGGUCGCGAGGCUUGAGAACUCGACGGUGGCUCGCAAGAGCGGAUUGUAGGCUGAGAAAAAGUACCUGUUUAAGUGAGCUGCGUACAUUGUAUUUGAUGUUGCGGUCUGGUGUUGUGUUUCAUUAUUGGUGCUUCUGCUUCUCUUUCCGGUAAACUCCUCUCUCUGUUUUAGGAAGCUUAGACUCUUCUGUCUUUCAUGCUUUGUGGUUAAGGGAAGCUGCAUUUCUUAAACAUAUGAAGUUCCAUAAGCCUUCACGUACUGAAUUUGAACGCUUGAUUGUUCCGCGGUUUCACCUUUUGCAUUUGCAAAUCUGCUGUCUCUUCACUCCUUUGUUGAAUGGACAAAAGAAAACUACUACUCCUUUUGAGAUCCUGCAUUAGUUCCAAGUCACUGAAGCAAGGGAAGCUCAUUCAUCAAAGGGUUGUCACUUUAGGCUUACAGAAUGAUUUUGCCUUAUGCAAGGACCUGAUAAAUCUUUACUUCUCUGCCCAUUUGUAUGAUUAUGCAAAGUAUGUUUUUUGUUCCGUUGAAAACCCAUCAGAGAUAUCUUUGUGGAAUUGCCUGAUGGCGGCUUACACUAAGAAUUUUAUGUACUCAGAAGCUCUAGACGUCUUUGAGAAGUUAUUAGCUAACCCUUGCUUAAAGCCUGAUUUUUACACGUAUCCCAGUGUUCUUAAGGCCUAUGGAGCAAAGGGUAGAAUUGGUUGUGGACAAAUUUUUCAAGCAUGUUUGAUCAAAACUGGGUUAAUAACUGAUGUGGUAGUUGGAAGCUCUCUUUUGAGCAUGUAUGCUAAAUGCAAUGGAUUGGAGUAUGCAAUCAAGGUGUUUGAUGAACUGCCUGAAAAGGAUGUAGCAUGUUGGAAUUCAGUAAUUUCUUGCUAUUACCAAAGUGGAAAGUUUGAAGAGGCGCUACAAUAUUUUGAGGUAAUGAAAAGAUGUGGUUUUGCGCCUGAUUCUGUGACAAUCACUACUGCUAUUUCAUCUUGUGCUAAACUUCUGGACUUGGACAGGGGAAGGGAAAUUCAUAAAGAAUUGGUAAGUAGUGUGUUUCUUUCAGAUAGCUUUGUUAGCUCUGCUCUUGUUGACAUGUAUGGAAAAUGCGGUGAUCUAGAAAUGGCCAUAGAGAUUUUUGAGCAAAUACCAAGAAAGACUAUAGUUGCUUGGAAUUCCAUGAUUGCCGGUUAUGGUUUGAAAGGUGAUAGUAUUUCAUGUAUCAAACUUUUUAAUAGGAUGCACAAUGAGGGUCUUAACCCAAGUUUGACUACUAUAAGCAGCAUAAUAAUGGCUUGUUCACGGUCAGCCCGGCUACAUGAUGGUACACUAAUACAUGGUUAUAUCAUACGAAACAGAAUACAGCCCGAUAUUUUUAUCAAUAGCUCACUCAUGGAUCUAUACUUCAAAUGUGGCAGGGUCAAGUCAGCUGAAAAUGUUUUUACAACAAUACCAAAGACAAGUUCAGUUCCUUGGAAUGUGAUGAUUUCAGGAUAUGUGACUGCAGGGAUGUAUUUUGAAGCCCUUUGCAUCUUUAGUCAAAUGAAAGAAGCUUAUGUUGAACCAGAUGCUAUUACUUUUACCAGCGUUUUAGCAUCUUGCUCGCAACUAGCAGCACUAGAAAAGGGCAAAGAGAUUCACAAUCUCAUCAUUGAGAAAAAGCUCAAAAACAAUGAAGUUGUUAUGGGGGCUCUCCUUGACAUGUAUGCAAAAUGCGGUGCCGUAGAUGAAGCAUUUAGUGUUUUCAAGUGCUUACCGGAGGGAGAUCUGGUAUCCUGGACUUCCAUGAUCACUGCAUGUGGAUCUCAUGGUCGAGUAUUGGAAGCCUUGGAGCUUUUUGCCGAAAUGAAGCGGUUCAAUGUAAAACCUGACAGAGUUGCCUUUCUUGCCAUAUUAUCUGCUUGCAGUCAUGCUGGGAUGGUUGACGAAGGAUUUUCUCUGUUCAACCAAAUGAUCAAUGUUUAUGGCAUUAGACCUAGAGUGGAACACUAUUCAUGUGUCAUUGAUCUUCUCGGACGUGCUGGAAGAUUGCAUGAAGCUUAUGAGAUUCUGCAAAGAAACCCAGAAAUCAGGGAUGAUGCAGGGUUGCUAAGCACAUUACUUUCUGCAUGUCGUCUGUACAGAGAUUUUGAUUUAGGAGUUAAAAUUGCAGAAACACUCGUUGAUAAGGACCCAGAUGAUCAUUCAACUUAUAUUAUUUUAUCCGGCAUUUAUGCUUCUGUUCAGAAAUGGGAUGAGGUGCGGAAGGUAAGAUUAAAGAUGAGAGAGCUUGGACUAAAGAAGAGGCCUGGGUGUAGUUGGAUUGAGAUUGACCAGAAGAUCCAACCUUUCUUUGUUGAAGACAAUUCAUACUGGCAAAUAGAAUCAAUCAAUGAAUGUCUUGAAAAUCUUACCAGUCACAUGGAAAAAGAUGAGGUUUUGCCAUUUAUAGAUCAUCUUGAUGAUGAAGCAGAGAGCAAUUGCUAGGAUCAGUAGGUUAAACAGUACGAAAAUGACAUGGAUCCUGAGACAGUGAUCCCCUUUGUCCAGUGCCAAGGGACUUUUUUUUUUUUGUUUUGCUUUUAAAUCAAUCUCAGGGCAAAGACAAAAAUGGAAAAAGAAAGAUGAAUAAACAGAAAUUUGGCUUUCCUCUGCCUGAUUGCAGACUUCAUCUUUGUUUCAAUGUAUAUUAGAUACAACACAACGAAUAUCAUGACUUACGCAAAUGUAUUUAAGAACAAUUUCAUGUA